ACGGCUGCAGGCAACGAUGCCCGUGGAGCCCCUGAUCUGCGCCGACACAGCCACGCGGGUGAGCUCCGUGCUUAACCGGGAUGUGAAGCAGUUUGGAAAGAAGCACAUGUUCGACACGAAUGAGGAGACAUGCUGGAACUCAGACCAGGGCACGUGCCAGUGGGUCACCCUGGAUUUCCCUCGCACCGUCAAGGUCUCACAGCUCCACAUCCAGUUCCAGGGAGGAUUCUCCAGCCGGCUAUGCACGCUGGAAGGCUGCAGAGCAGGUGAAGAACUGGUGAAAAUAUCUGACCUGUACCCCGAGGACAUCAACGCCAUGCAGAGAUUCCAGGUGGAGGAGAUGGUGCUGGAUAAGCUGAAGAUCACCUUUGAGAACAGCACUGACUUCUUCGGGAGGAUCGUGGUGUACCACCUCGGGGUGCUGGGGGAGAGGCUCUAGGGCAAUGGUGAGGGACAGCGUGGGGGGCCGCUCUCCCAUCACCCGCGUUCCCCCACAGGGACUCUGCUGCGUAGGGGGAAACGGGACA